AUGGCAAGAAAACAAUCUCAAGAAGAUACCCGAGAACUAGGAAAAGAUACAAAGAAAGCAAAACGCGGACGUGGGAUUGCUUGUUUCUCAAAGAAGAUACCCGAGCACAGGAGGCAUAUAUAUUUAGAUAGAAAUAACAAACCAUAUGGUGACCUGCUUUCAAGAGUGAGGUCAUGGUAUGGGAUGAUGGUUCAACAUAUCUUCCCAGUUCAUAUUCAGAUGGAAGACCAGGAGGACGAAUACUUUGAUCGUCUAUGGUUGGAGACUAAGAAAUAUUGGAAGAUUACUACCGAUGAACCUAGAGAGUAUAUGAGGAGUUGGGCUAUAAGACUUGGCACCAACUUUAGAUCUCGACUUGUUAGAGAUUAUGUAAAGGAAGGACUAAAUGCUUGUGACACAUAUCCAUUUAUUAAUGGUGAUCAUUGGGAUGAAUUUGUUGAAAUAAAGACUAGCAAGAAAUUUCUGGAACGAAGCAAGAAAGCAAAAGCUAGUGCUGCCAUGAACAAACACGUGCCCCAUACGGGACGAGGCGGGUGGGAUCUUAUUGAAAAAAAGAAACAUAUUAUAUUGCCUCAACUGGAAUCAGUAUACAAAGAAAUUAGAAGUAUUCAAAACUCACGUUCAAAGUUGUAUUUAGCCGGUAGAGCCAAAUAUAACAUAGAAACCCAGUUGUAUGAACUUGAAGAUGAUGCAUAUUUGGAGGCUCGUAAUUUGCUUGAAAAGGAACAAGAGAUGAUGGCAGAUGGAAGUUAUUAUAAAAAUAAAUCAGACCCGCUAGUUCAAGUUCUUGGACCUGAGCACCCCGGACGAGCACGAACAGUAUCCGGGUUUAUAGGUCAUACUAGGGUUCAUGGAGGUCUAUAUAAAAAUGUGAGCCAAGACUCGAUACCACUAGUAGACACGAGGCCAACCUUUUGUGGCUCUAGCUAUGGGUCUAAUGGACGAGUCCACUAUCCACCAAUCAUGAGUCACACCGAAUGUGAGUUGUUAAUGAAUAUGGCUGAUAGGUUAGAGACGGUGGCUUAUGGUAUGGCAUGGCCUAGCAUGUCAACGAUGAUAGAUUCUAGCCCAAUAUCCGAGGGUUGUGUCAAGGUGGAAGUGGAUGAUAUUGUUGAUAAACAUAAGAAGUCGGAAGUUUAUUCAGUCACCAAAACAAGUGAAAUUAAAUUGGUUGAAGAUUUGGUUCUUCGAUAUGUUCAAUGGCCAAGAUAUGCAAUAAAGCUUAAGAAUGAAGGAAGACAAAGCAUGUCACCUAACGCCCCCAUUGUGAACUCGAGGCGUGGGUCACAGAGUCAUAGAGGCGCCUCACCAUUGGUAGCCGACUCAAUAAUACAUGAUGAUGACACCAGAAUGACUCCAGCUUAUCAUCCAUGCUUACAAAUGAUUGGCGAAGACGAUCACCAACUUCCAAGUCAACUUCAAAUCGAAGAUCAAGAUCUUUUUAAAGAUGGUUUUGUAAAUAUGUUGCAGCAACAAAUUGUUACAAAUGCUCCCAUACAGGUAUCCGAACCUGUAAGGGUACCCGAACCUGUACCCGAAACUGUACCCGAACCUGUACCAGCACCCAAACCUGUAUCCGUACCCAAACCCAAAAAAGUACGCAAAUCCAAACUUGUACCCAAACCCGUAUCGGUACCCGUACCUAAACCCGUACUCGCAACUGUACCCAAACCCAAACUCGAACCACAUAUAAAACUCAUAACCGGUUCUCAAGGCGAAACAUGGGAGGAUCCUAAGUUGAAUUCGAUCAAGCAGAAUUUACGAAACAAAACCGGUCUCAUUCGAGACGUAGUUGAUAAAUUAGACAAACUCGUUAAGCACCGCACUCACAUUCGUACUUCUUCACCGCAAGGGAUGUAUCCCACAUCGGUUCAAUAUCUAAUCCCAUAUUCGGAAUUGUUAAACUUAUUUCUAAGGCGGUGGCUUGAUAUUAGCGUAAUACAUUCGUUUUCCAUGUAUUUUUUUCUGUCUCCCAAUUCCCGGUGUGCAUUUUUUGAUCCGUACAAAAUUUGUGGUGCAAAAUGCGAAAGUGAUCCGGAUGAUGUGAUAAAACACAUCAAAGAGGUAUACGAGCAUCAUGAAGACAAAAGAUAUUUUCUUGCACCUUAUCAUGACAACGAUCACUGGAAGCUUUUAAUAUUUGAACCAACCACUUCAAGCGCAUUCAUUGUUGAUUCAAUAAAAAAGGGAAAGUCGGAGGAAAGUUACCUCAUUUCAAAGCUAAUUCCCAGUGGUUUCGAGAGAACUUUUACAUGGACAGUUAUCAAUUGCUACCAACAACCGGGCUCAUGGGAAUGCGGUUAUAUGUUGAUAAAACACAUGUGGGAGUUUGUUGAGACAAUUCAACAUGACUUUAUUAAUCGUAAAUGGAAUACACAAGAGAAGACUUCGGGUGAGGAAAUUGAAUCUAUGGUCGUAGACUUGAUGGAGCGUUGGAUUAAGGAGGUGUUUGGGAUUCGGACAUGAACUCCGUAAAGGUGUCUCAAGUGUUCAGGUUGCAAAUGAAUUAGGGAGAGGAAAUGCCAAAGCAGCCAAAUUCUCAAUUAAAGUCUUCUUGGGGACUCUUAUUGCAGUUGGAUUGUUUUUCUUUGUUCUCUGGUUGGUUUGAUUUUUGGAAGAAAACUUGCCUACGCGUUCACCACUGAUGAAAGAGUUGCAGAUACAAUAUCAGACCUUUCUUUGCUCCUUUCUUUUUUGGUCGGUUCAGGAAGUUAUUGUAUGUCAAUUUCAUCUUUAGAGUUAUUUGUAUUGUUGAAGUUCUGGAAAACUUUUGCAAUAUUGUGUUACUUUGAAAUCUUAGUAUUUUAUGUUCUUGGGUUGUAUUACAUUUGUUCUAAUUAA